AUGGAGGAGGAAAUGCAACAAUUGAGAGACCGGAUUGCCCAGUUGACUGCUGAAAAUGAGCGCCUCAGUCAAUGGCCAGCUACUGACUCGGGACAACCACAGAAGGCAGCUGCAGAGCCUACUCCAAUACCUCAGGUGGGUGCAGAGCGCGUUGUAGUCAUCCCUAGAGACCGUAAGUGUCCAAAAUUUAAUGGUAGGACAGGGCUUAAGAUUGUCGAAUGGAUUGAAGAAGUGCAGGCUUGUAUGCGGUCUAAACGGUUGCCUCUCGUUGAUCAGGCUGACUUCAUUUAUGAUCAUUUAGAAGGUGAGGUGAAAGAUGAGAUCAAGUACCGCCCUCCUACCGAGCGAAGAGACUCUGAGAAGAUUUUGGAUGUUUUGCGAGAGCUUUAUGGUUGUAGCCAAUCCUAUGUAACACUACAGCAAGCCUUUUUCUCCUGGCAACAGCAGGAGGGUGAGACGUUACAAGAAUUUUCUUUAGCCCUUAUGGAUUUAAUGGAUCAGGUUCAGAGACGUGCGCCUAAUGGUGUGCCCAACUCUGAAGUUCUUCUUCGUGAUCAAUUUAUCGAACAUGUUUUGGACAAUAGCCUUCAUCGAGAGUUGAAGCAGUUCGCUCGGCGUACACCUGAAGCAACACUCUUGGAAGCGCGUAAAGAAGCCAUCAGGUGGGAACAGGAAGGACUUCCUGGUGGAGCUAGGGCGCGAAGCUUUUCCUUGCCAGCUGCUUAUGGCGUACAAUAUGGCAUGCAAGGCCGUUCCCCCAUAGCCUCUUCGGCGCCCGCAGCAACCAGUGAUUCCGAGUGGAAAGAACUCUUCAAAAAGCAACAGGAGCAGCUAGAUUGGCUAACACAAGCAGUGGCUUCCCUACAGCAGGCACCAGUGCAGAGUCGCCCCCCACGCACUGGGCCUUUGAUAUCAGUCGGGAAACUGAAACCCACUGAGCUGCCGAGCCACAGCUCAGUUGGGGUCUUUGCUGGCUCCUCCCGAGGUGAGGUCUCCACUCUCAUGUCAUCAUGUCCAACUCUUGAUGUUGUCAUUGGUGGGGUGUCGGUUCCCUGCUUGUUGGACACUGGUUCAAUGGUGUCCACAGUCACCGAAAGUUUCUUUUUGCGUCAAUUCAAGCCUUGGGGUCAGGAGCGCCUGCAGUCUUGCCAUUGGCUACAACUGAAGGCUGCCAAGGGCCUAGCUAUUCCCUAUAUAGGCUACUUGGAAUUGGAUGUCGUUUUGUGCAGCAAGGUAGUACCACGGUGCGGAGUGUUGAUUGUGAAGGAUCUACAGGGCGGUCCACCCGGUGUCCCUGGGGUCAUCGGAAUGGAUGUGAUCAGCCGGUGCUACCAAGAACUUUUCGGCGCCCAUGGUCUGGCAUUGUUUCGUUCUCCGUCUGUCUCCCGGGCCCCAGGUCCUGUCAUCGAGGCUUUACAGCGUUGCCACCAAGCCGCGGUUCAUGUCCCAUCAGUUCGAUCUGGGGCUGUUCGUGUGAGGGGUCCACAGGCAGUCCGGAUCGGCAGUGGGACUAUGCGGUUCAUGGCUAGCACCUGUUCCGAGCAGCUUUCAGGUCAGACCACGCUGUUUGAGCCAUUAGAGUCGGGAUUGCCGGCUGGGUUGCUGGCUUCACCCUGUUUAGUGCAGGUACAUCAGGGCACCGCAUUCGUACCUGUGGUGAACGUUGGGGUGACCAAUGUAUUGCUUUGCCCACGUGCCAACUUGGGGUCUCUCACCAGUGCCGAGAUAGUCAGCCUGCCCGCUGGAGUUUCAGAGGUUCCAUCUGCUUGGGUGGCGCUUUCCUCCCAAGUAGCAUCAGUGGAUCCUGCGGAUCGGCUGGCUAACGUGGACCUGUCUGCCCUGUCAGAACAGGAGCAGGUUGAGGCUAGGAGCCUGUUGACUCGUUACCACACAGUGUUCUCCACCCAUGAGGGUGACCUGGGAUGUACACAGCUAGUGUUUCAUAGCAUUCCGUUAUUGGACGAAGCCCCUGUUCGGCAGCGAUACCGGCGUAUUCCACCUUCAGAUUAUGAUGCAGUCAAGGCCCAUAUAAAUCAGCUAGUGGAGUCGCAGGUCAUUCGGGAGAGUAGCAGUCCGUAUGCCUCGCCCAUUGUCUUGGCUAAAAAGAAAGACGGUAGCCUGCGCAUGUGCGUAGAUUACCGCUUGCUGAAUAGCAAGACACGGAAGGACUCCUUCCCCCUACCUCGAAUUGAGGAGAGCCUGGAUGCCCUAGCUGGGGCCCAGUGGUUCUCCACGCUGGACCUGGCUAGUGGCUAUAACCAGGUCCCGGUCUCGGAGCAGGACAGGCCCAAAACGGCAUUCUGUACCCCAUUUGGUCUAUUCGAAUGGAACAGGAUGCCUUUUGGGCUUUGUAAUGCUCCGGGUACCUUCCAACGCCUCAUGCAGAGGAUGUUUGGGGACCAGCAGUGCCAGUCCCUCCUACUUUACCUGGACGAUAUUAUCAUCUUCUCCUCUUCCGUCCAACAGCACUUGCAACGUCUGGAGACAGUGUUGGGCCGUCUUCAUAAUGAGGGGUUAAAGGCCAAGCUGGAAAAAUGUGCUUUCUUCCGAAGACAGGUUAACUAUCUUGGACAUGUGAUAUCCCAUGAAGGGGUCGCUACCGAUCCAGCAAAGAUCGAAGCAGUGGCAACUUGGAAGCGUCCCAGUCAUGUCUCCGAAUUGAGGUCUUUUCUUGGCUUUGUGGGAUAUUACCGCCGGUUUGUGGAGGGCUUCUCUAAACUGGCCGGCCCGCUGCACAAGUUGGUUGCUGACCUCUCCAAUGGGAAAGGCAAGCGGAGGGCUAGCCAGGACUUGGGGACCGCUUGGACAGGGCAGUGCGAGGAUAGCUUUGAGGCUCUGAAGGCUAGGCUGGUCUCCGCACCCAUCCUGGCUUAUGCCGAUUUCUCCAAGCCUUUCAUUUUAGAGGUUGACGCCAGCCACAGUGGCCUUGGCGCCGUUCUCUCCCAAGAACAGGAUGGGGCCGUCCGUCCGGUGGCUUAUGCCAGCAGAGGUCUUAGGCCCACGGAGCGUAAUAUGAGUAAUUAUAGCUCUAUGAAGCUAGAAUUUCUCGCACUCAAGUGGGCCAUGACCGAAAAAUUUAGAGAAUACCUCCUGGGCCAGCAAUGUGUAGUAUUUACGGAUAACAACCCUCUGAGCUACCUGCAUUCCGCCAAGUUGGGGGCCACAGAACAUCGGUGGGCUGCCCAGCUGGCUGCCUUCAAUUUUGAGAUUAAGUACCGGUCGGGCCGUAGCAAUAAGAACGCCGAUGCCCUAUCCAGACAGUAUAUGUCUGGGGCCAGUCUGGGAGAGUAUGUGUUGCCGGGCACCGUCGUACCUACUGCCUUGCAGCAACUGCCGGUGUUGCCAUUGGAGUCAGUAACACAGUGCUCCAUGUCCGUGUUCCCCCAACGUUCAGCUCAGGAGAUUCAGUUCCUCCAAGAAGCUGACCCUGUGUUGGGGUCUUUGCUAAUGUUCUGGCGGAGGGGCACUCUACCCACACCAGAGGAGAGACUGGUGGCUUCAAAGCGAGUAUUGGGCUUUGUGAGGCAAUGGUCUCGUCUGGUGGAACAGGAGGGUGUACUAUAUCGUCGAGUCUUCAGGCUGGACGGGAAGGAGGAAUUUCUUCAGGUUCUUUUGCCCGCUACCCUUCAAGGGGAGGUCCUACAGCAGCUUCACCAAGAUCACGGCCACCAGGGAGUGGAGCGCACAGCCGAGUUGGUGCGGCUGCGUUGUUUCUGGCCGGGUCUGUUGUCGGACAUCCAGCAAUGGUGCCGGGAAUGUAGCCGGUGCCAGCUGGCGAAAGAUUCUGGUUCUGCUUCAUACAGCUUCAUGGGCCACCUUCUCGCUUCCAGGCCUAACGAAAUCCUGGCAAUCGAUUUCACCCAGCUGGAGCUAACAACGAAUGGGGUGGAAAAUGUACUUGUCAUGACUGACGUAUUUAGCAAGUACACACAAGCUGUGCCCACUCGUGACCAGCGGGCCCAAACUGUGGCCCAGGUACUGCUGCACAAGUGGUUCUAUCGGUUCGGGGUGCCGAGUCGCAUUCACUCCGAUCAGGGCAGGUCGUUUGAGAGCGGGCUUAUUCGGCAGCUUUGUGAGCUGUACGGUGUCGCGAAAUCCAGGACCACCCCGUAUCAUCCUUCAGGUAACGGACAAUGUGAGCGGUUUAACAGGACCCUCCAUAACCUGCUCCGGACCAUACCCACCACUCGAAAGCAUGACUGGGUGUCGUGUCUUCCGCAGGUAGUGUACUGCUAUAACACCACUCCUCAUCCUACUACAGGAGAGUCUCCGUACUUUCUUAUGUUUGGACGAGAGCCCACCCUUCCUAUUGACUUCCUUCUGGGGAGGGUUCCCGAGCCAGUGCCAGGGACAGUCCAGAAUUGGAUUCUCGAACAUCAAACUAGGCUGAGAUUGGCCUUCCAAGGGGCUCGAGACCGGCUAGUGGCUGCAGCGGAUCGGCGGAAGGACCGUCAUGAUGGUCAGGUUCAGGAGGGUCCUCUAAGGGAGGGCCAACUGGUUUACAUGAGGGAUCAUAGCGUCAGGGGUCGAUGCAAUCUCCAGAAAGCCCAUAAUGUCCAUCGUGAUCAGUUGAAACCACAGUUCCCCUUGGCUUACGCCGCACCGUUGCCCGAGGUUCCAUCUUCGAGUGUUGCUGCUCCCCCUGGUGAGCAGUCACAGGGGGAGGAACAACUCGUACUCGUGAUCCGUGACCCACCACCGAUCGUGGUUGCAUCCCCAACCCGUGGGUCCCCACCUCAAGUUGCGGACCAUGACCCUUUCACUGCUGUCGCUCAUCCAGUGCUUGGGUCCCCACCCCAAGCUUUGGCGUCUUCCUCUGGUGCUGUAACCGGCGAUGCUGAGUUGGGAACAACCUCAGCAGCCCAGCGACGUACUUCCCGCUCCACAGCAGGACAGCACUCCAAUGUGCACCACCUUCCAAGGUCGGUAAUUCGGCCAAACGAACUGCUUUCUCCACCCUCGAUGGCUGAAACUAGCUCCACCGCUCCAGGGGCUAACAGUCCUGUGGGUGCAGAGGCAUCGCCAUAG